AGACACUGUCUCCGGGUCGCGGUCAUUUAGAUCCCCAGUCUGGGUGACUUCUUGCAGCUGUCCGCCCCCUCCCCCUCCCCGCGGUACCUUGCACUUUUCUCCCUCCCUGUCCCUACCUAGUCCCUUUCGAGCCUUCUGCCCCUGAUCGCUUGGGCUUGCUUCGCAGUCGCCUGCUGCUGUCGACAGGAGGUGGGUGAGGUGACGCAGACAGCCCCGUAGUUGCCCUCCCCGAAGUUGCCCUCCGUGUAUUGCCUCACCACCUCUGCGGCCAUCCGCGACUUUCGCACCUUCCGCCAUUUUCCUGCCUGUGAGGGUGGAUAGAUCGCGCUCGGGUCUCGGCCUCCUUGGUGUCGGUGACCGCGGGGGCGACGGAUUGCUUCUGGGGGUGUGAGGUGGGGAAGUUCGUGGUCACGGAAUGCCUGUGGGGUUGUUGCUCAGUCAGUAACGGCAGGAAAGAUGAACGGGAGGGCUGAUUUUCAAGAGCCGAGUGCAGAAGUUCCAAGACCAAUUACCCACAUAGGGCCUGAUUACAUUCCAACAGAGGAAGAAAGGAGACUCUUUGCAGAAUGCAAUGAUGAAAGCUUCUGGUUCAGAUCUGUGCCUUUGGCUGCAACAAGUAUGUUGAUUACUCAAGGAUUAAUUAGUAAAGGAAUACUUUCAAGUCAUCCCAAAUAUGGUUCAAUCCCUAAACUUAUAUUUGCUUGUAUCAUGGGAUACUUUGCUGGAAAACUUUCUUAUGUGAAAACUUGCCAAGAGAAAUUCAGGAACCUUGAAAAUUCCCCCCUUGGAGAAGCUUUACGAUUGGCACAAGCACGACGACGAUCUUCACCACCUGGGCACUAUUAUCAAAAAUCAAAAUAUGACUCAAAUGUGAGUGGUCAAUCAUCUUUUGGGACAUCCCCAGCAGCAGACAACAUAGAAAUGCUUCCUCAUUAUGAGCCAAUUCCAUUCAGUUCUUCUGUGAAUGAAUCUGCUCCCACUGGUAUUACUGAUCAUAUUGUCCAAGGACCUGAUCCCAACCUUGAAGAAAGUCCUAAAAGAAAAAAAUUUACAUAUGAGGAAUUAAGGAAUAAGAACAGAGAGUCAUACGAAGUAUCUUUAACACAAAAGACUGACCCCUCAGUCAGGCCUAUGCAUGAAAGAGUACCAAAAAAAGAAGUCAAAGUAAACAAAUAUGGAGAUACUUGGGAUGAGUGAAAAAUUACAUCAUUGGACCCACUGAAGAAGUUUCAAUAUCCAGCUUCAUCUAGGUGGUCAUGAAUGCCUGCAUGCUUUGAGCUCAGCAGCAGUCUUCAUAAACACAUUUAAAACAAAAUCCUGGGUUUUUUGUGGUUUGACUUCUGUGGUGUUUUUAAAAAACACAGAUUUUUAGUGUUAAUGUUGUGUAAAUGUACUCACCUUGGGGAUUCAUUUGAAUGAUGGUAUUACACCAUGAUUGUAUAUAGUUUGUGAAAUUGUUGCAAGGGCAAAGAUACUCUUAUAAAACCAUCAAGAGAUUAUAAUGCUCUAGAAUCAGCAUAUAUGAAUAUAAAUGAUAGCUGCAUGUUGAGUUGGGGUGGGGGGGAAGCAAGCAUAAUUUUUAAGUGUGAAGCUUUACAUCAAGAAAUUAUUAAAAAGCUUUAUUUCUCCAGUAUUUGCUGUAUUAUCUUAAUGUUUAUGACAAAUAAAAUGUAAAGGAACAUGCAACA